UACAGGAUUGCUCAAUGGUUGUGUCACCAGGAGGCUGGACUGGUCGGGCGGAGUGUUUGAGCUCUGAGCUCAACAUCACCGGAGCUCACUCACUCUCUGCCUCUCUCGGAGCGUGAGGCGGUCUCUGUCUCUCUCUCUCUCUCCCUUUUUUCUCUCUCUUCUUCCCAUCUCUCUCUCUCUCUCUCUCUCCCCCCUCUCUCUCUCCUUCUCUCAGUCUGGACUCCUGAGGGAUAGGGGGGAUUUUUCUCACCAGAAGUACACGGACCUCAGAGGCAUUCGGGCAUUCGCUCCCUGGCUCGGAUUAUUCCUGAAAGUUUCAUUGACGGCGCAACGAGGAGAAAUGAAGCGCAACGUGUGCAGUUUAUUCUAAAGAAGAAGAAACGACACAUUCCAAACCAUUCGGGGGUCUCGGGUUUUUUCAUUUUUUUUUUUUCAUUGCUUUGAUGGUGAAUAUUUCCAUCAGCAUGAACUUGCAGUGGAGCAGCCCGGCACCCCGCGUGCGCACCGCGAGAGUCGCGCACAAGCGGCUGGACUCGGACGAUCAACCGCCGGCAAAAUGCGCCAGGCUGAGCGCCGACGCGGGGGACACGCAGGGGCUCCUGGGCACCUCUCCCGGUUCCCCGGUCAGCCCCGUCUCAAGCUCCAGCCCGACGACCCACCAGGGGCCAUCCCGGAUAGGACCGUUCCUGCUUCUACCUCUAACGGACCGGGAGAGCGUGCACAGCGCGAUGAACACCGACACCGGCGACGAGCAGCUGUGCAAGGUCUUUGAUAUGGGGGUGUACCAGGAGAAGAUCCGGGCCUAUGGGAUCCUACCGGCCCACGAGAAUGUGGCCGGAGUCAGGGACAUCAUCAUCGGCGAGCGCAGAGCCUACGUGUUCCUGGACAAGGACUUUGGGGACAUGCACACCCUGGUGAAAAGCUGUCGCAGGCUGGACGAGGAGCGCGCCCGCAGGCUCUUCCGCCAGGCGGCCGUGGCCGUGGCGCACUGCCACCAGGCCGGCAUCGUGCUGGGCGACCUCAAGUUGCGAAAGUUUGUCUUCGCAGACGAGAAAAGGACCCGAGUGAGACUAGAAAGCCUGGAGGACUGCCGCGUCCUAGAAGACCCGAGCGACGACUCCAUGUCCGACACCCACGGCUGCCCCGCCUACGUCAGCCCCGAGAUCCUCAGCGGCUCCGCGCCUUACUCUGGCAAGAUGGCCGACAUGUGGAGCCUCGGGGUCAUGCUGUACACCAUGCUGGUUGGCCGCUACCCGUUCCACGACCCGGACCCGGCCACGCUGUUUUCCAAGAUCCGCAGGGGCCAGUGCUGUUUGCCCGAGGGCCUGUCGCCCAGGGCCAAGUGUCUGCUCCAGAGCCUGCUGAGGAAAGAGCCCUGGGAGAGACUCACGGCCGGCGAGCUGCUCGAUCACCCGUGGUUCCACCAGCCGCCGUCGUCACAGGAAGUGGCACCGGGAGAACAGGAAGUGAGCUCAGCAGAACAGAUGGUGCCGUCCUUUGAGGUGGAAGAGGAUGAGGAUUUGUUCUGCUGACGGACUCGAUUCAGCUGAGACUUGCCGAGGGACCAAGACGGGAACUGCUAUGAGGGACCCAUUGUUGUGUUUUUACCAAUGGCACGUUUUAGAAACCCAUUUGUGUAGAAUUGAGUGUACUUACACCCUCAAGCUUUCUACGAGAACCCACUGUACUGUAGUUUGUUGUCGUAUGCGUGUUACUUGCUAAGGGCAUUGUUCAAUGAUCAUUCUUUACGUUUCUUUAUGUAUAUUUGCCAAUCGAUUUGGUGCUAAAAGAAAUAACAGUGACUUGAAUUUGCCGGAUUACGUCCCACAGGCUACUGUGAGAGUAUCACAGAGAAUUAACCCACGGCAAACGAUAGUCACCGAUGCCUCCUCUCAGCCGGGGCUCUCGAGGCUCUCCGACGAAUCUUGAAUGGGAGGCGAGGAGACGUGGCGCCGUUCCUCUCAAUCUAGUCUCUGACCAGGCUGGAGGCUCCGCCGGGCUGACUCACCGGUCCGGCUCGAGGAAGCACAAGCUCGACGUCUCGCAGCAGGCAGUGUCAUGGAGUGAGAAAGACGCUUAGCAGAGGACGGAUGCGUCACGCUCGGCGGGGACGCGAGGAGAGGUGUCUCGCUGCCAAUCUGGCAACGUGCCAGCAAGUCGAGAGUUUUACAAAUCUCACAGCAUUCGCAGAAGGUGGAGAACGGCAGGACGUUACUAGUGUAAAGCUCACUAGAAAGUCCUACACACUUAGUAACGCGAGGUGGCUAGUUGAGGAAGGAAGACAUUUUAAACGGGCUAAACCCUUUAACUCUUCAAAAACAGGCUCUGAAUAUAGUAUCAUCUAAAAGGGGUCGCGUCAGAACCGGAAGUGUCUGGCUAAUGGGACGUUGAUCCAUCAGUUAGCCACAGCUAAUGCUUCUUCAAAAACGGUCCGACAUGCUGCGUUUCAGUGGGAAGGAAUUCAAACAGACAGUUAAAAUGCUUGAAUACACUUGAAUUACAACGCAACUAGUUAUCUCAAUCCAACAAUGUUGUUUUUUUGUUUUGUUUUUUUAAACAGAUGUGUCAAAUAUCCAGUUCAGGAACAGCCCAGUCAGAAAGAAACCCACUUCAGAAAAAUGAAGACCUCUCUCAGUUGCGCAGUUGAACAUUUUUGUCGGUUGGAACGCUGUGUGAGUGUCGUGCCCGUAUCACUGUGUUUCAUAAACUGAAUGGCUCUGAAUCACUGGCACUCAGGCGAUAUUUGAUGGUGGUUGUCGUCUAAUGAUGACUCAACACUAGAGCGGGUCUGUAGGAAACGGUCCUGACCUUGGACGGAAGAAUCUGUUCCGACUGUUUCGCCUCUUUUUAUGGUACUUUUUUCCCCUUUUUAUUAUUUGUUUUCGCUGUUGAAAGAUGAAUCCAAGGAGAUUAGACAUGAAAGUGGGAGAAAUGAUGCGCCGCGUUCUAAAAGAUGUUUUAUCUUGGAUUGUGACAAGCGGAUGCAGGGCUUCAGUGACGUUUAUCCUUGCAGACUAGAUCUGCAGCCAGUUAUUUCAUUCUGGCACAAUCAUUUUGGCAUAUCUGAGAAGCGCUGUGCAUUACAUUUUUGGGGUCAACCAGUGGGCUAAUAAAACGUCUGCUGCAGUUCUGUAAUUAUUUUCUCUCAUCUGCUCGAGAUAACAGAUGGGAAUGGGUUUGUGACAAUCUGAAUUGUUCCUCAUUUUUUCCUUUUUUUUUUAGAUUUAGGAUUUUGUUCCUGGUUUGGACAAGAAGAGUCGCACAUCGAUGGGACACGUAGAGUAAACUGACGCGGGUGCACAGACUUCAUAUUGCACUGUGAAUUAUGUAUUUGUGACACAACCUAGAGGCUAUUUCUGGUCCAGACAGGUUACAUACCAGAUAUAUUCAUUGUACAAAAGGUGUAAAUAUGUAUAUUAGAAAUAUGUGUGGUGAUGUUGAAUAAAGAUCACAUUUUUUUCAUAUUAA